AUGGCAAGAUCAAACCCCAACCAUUUCAGGACCGACUUCUGCUUGGUCUUGGCAAACCAAGUCUUAGAAGACGAAGCCACAAAGGGCAAUACUAAUUCCAAUAUUGUGGUAUCUCCUUUAUCAUUACACGUUAUAUUAAGCUUGGUUGCUGCAGCCUCAAAAGGGCAUACUUUGGAACAACUGCUGUUCUUUUUGGGGUCAACAAGUGUUAGUGAUUUAAGUUUGUUGACUUCACAUAUGUUCAAUCUGACAUCACUUGAUGAUCACGAGGAAAGUGAGGUUCUAAGUGCGGGUGAUCAUCUGCUCUUGUCUUUUGUUUAUGGUGCUUGGAUCGAUCGGAGGUUCAAUUUGAAGCCAUCUUUUGAAAGGCUUGUCAAAGAUCAUUACAAAGCCGAGAUCAGAAAUGACAUUGACUUUUUAAACGAGCCUCUAGAAGCAGUGGAUGAAAUCAAUUCUUGGGCUGAAAAAGCAACCAAAGGACUCGUAACAAAACUCCUCCCUUAUGAUUCCGUAAACUGUGACACUGCACUUGUUCUUGCAAAUGCACUUUACUUCAAAGCAAAAUGGGAAAAAAAAUUUGACGCGUCAAGGACUCAAGCCAGGAACUUUCACCUCCUCAAUGGCCAAAUUGUUCAAGCUCCGUUCAUGACCACUGACAGUUUCUUAGGGAGAUACCAUCUAUACAAAUGUUUCGAUGGCUUUAAGGUUCUUCAAAUCCCCUACCAAAGUGGUCAGGAUCCUCCAAAAUUUUCCAUGUACUUUUUCCUUCCAGACGCGAAGGACGGCCUCCUCAAUCUAAUCCAAAAGCUUAAAUCAAAUCCUGAUUUGUUGUAUAAAAAAUUUGAGCUGACAGAAGACAAGCUCACUGAUUUUUGGAUUCCAAAAUUCAAAUUCUCGUUCGGUUUUAAAGCUUCGGACACAAUGAGGAAAAUGGGGCUUGAAAAAAUUUUCAACCCCGGGGAGCUAACUGAGAUGCUUAAUAUUCCUGAUAUUGCUAAUCGGAAGCUCUUUGUUGCGUCAAUAUUUCACAAGUCUUACAUUGAAGUUAACGAGGUAGGAACUGAAGCUGCGGCUAGCACUGCUGUAUUAUUUGAACUACAACGUGCAAGACGCUAUCCCAGCUUUGUGGCUGACCAUCCUUUCUUAUUUAUGAUUAGAGAAGAGAGACAUGGGAUUGUUUUCUUUGUUGGAGCAGUGCUUAACCCUCUCCUGGAUUCCUAA